AUGACGACACCGAAUGAAACAUCAAUGUCAACAAGCACGGCGCCGAAUGGCAAAAAGAAAUUCGCAUGUGAUCACUGUGAAUACAGCACUGACUGCAAAGACCGAAUUACAUUUACUGGAAAUCUGUUGAUUGCGCUGAAUCCUUUCCAAACUGUGCCCUUGUAUUCGGAUGAUGUGGUAUCAAAAUAUCAAGAAUGUCAAAUGCAACCACCUCACAUCUUUUCCAUCGGAAUCAAUGCGCUAAGAGAUUUAAAAUUAAAAAAAAAGCCUCAAUGCAUCGUUAUAACCGGAGUAUCUGGUUCUGGCAAAAGUGUUACGGCAAAUUAUCUAACACAAUUUUUGUUCGGAAGAAAUGUACCUAAGUAUGCCAAACAAAUCAACACAGUUUUGGAUGCUUUUGGCAAUUGUGAAACCACACAAAACUACAAUAGUUCACGAUUCAUUAAAUUUUUGAAGUUGCAUCCCGAAAAUAAAGCUAAUAACAUUCAAAUUUCAUAUCAACUUUUUGAAAAAAGUCGUUUAUCGAUGAACGGUAAUACCUUGGGUACAAAUUUCAAUGUGUUCUAUUUAUUACUCAAUGCACCAACGGAUUUAAAAAAAAAGCUGAAAAUCACAAACAGAAAUUUUGCGCUGUUACCAUUGAAGGAAAUGUGCACAGAUUCUGAAAACAACUUUGGUGCAUUAGAUUGUGCAUUAGAUGGAUUGGGAACUCAGAUAUCAAAUAUGCGACCAUCAAUAUAUGCCAUACUUGCUUCCAUCUUACAUUUGGGUAAUGUAACUUUCAGUACGAAUGAUGAAGGUUUUGCGCAAAUCAAUGCAAAUGAUGAUUCAAAACGAUCUAUUCAAUAUGCUGCUGAUCUGUUGAAAAUAGAUUUAAAUGAGUUGGAACGAGUACUUUUGCAGCAAACUAUUACUAUUUCAUCUAAUCGAAAAGAUUCAGUUUUAAUACAAUUUGACCAACUCUCAGCCAUGAGAACGAGAGAUUCGUUAAUAAAAAUUAUUUAUAGUGAACUAUUCCGAUCUUUGGUCGAAACAAUCAAUGGAACGCCCGUAGAAUCUCAGCAAUGCAUCGCAAUUUUAGACAUUGCGGGCUUCGAUGAAAUGGAGUGGUACAAGAUGGAAGCGAUUGACAUUCCACAAAUUGAUUUUUUAGAUAACCAAAAUGUUAUUGUGUUAGUUGCAUGGAAAAAUCUCAAAGCACGUCAGCUAAGAAAUGAACAUGAGCAUGAACAGGAACAGCAACAAAUUUUUAAAAUGAAAUCAGAUGAGCUCUUGAAUGAAGAUCAACGCAUUGAAUUUUAUUCAUUGGGAGAUUCCAAUGUCAACACAGCAGCUGAAUACAUGAACAUAAGAAACACAAACAUUCAGUCAACAACAUCUACUUGUUCAAUGGAUAAUAUACCUUUGGUAUACGAUGGAGGAGACGAAAGGUAUUCAAAUGCGAAUGAUUUAGACGACUCUAUGGAGUCCAAUAUGGAGGCAUUACACCUAUUAUCACAUGAUCACCCAUACGUGCAGUGGCCGGUUGAUAAACAAACGCAAUUGACGUCAUCAGCCCCUAGUGACCUAUCACAACCAUCCACAUCAAGACAACGGCCGCUAUUAACCGGAUUGGUUUCGGAAACACAGUGCAUUGAAUAUUCAUUGGGAGGACAAAACAGCCUAAUUAAGCCAAAACGCAAACAAGCUCCUAAAGAAAGAAUACCACCCAAUAUUAUACGUUAUGACAAUAUAGACCAUAAUAUAGUUUCCAAUGGUAAUAUUGUUGAAAAGUAA